AUGAAAGAGGAAAAAUGCUACUGUUAUGAAGUCAUAUGUAUAUCACACCAACUGACAGGUUCUUCUGAUGUUGUUCACACAGGAGACCAUGUUGAGACAUUCUCUACAUCUGGAGAGCAACAGCAGGAAGAUCACAGAGCUAAGAGGUCUCACCACUGCCCACAUUGUGAGGAGAUUUUCCCAAUUCUAUCAAAACUAGAAAUACACCUAAAACUACACACAGGAGAGAAUCUGUAUUCCUGCACUGACUGUGGGAAGAGUUUCACAACAUCACAGGCUCUGACAGUUCAUCUGCGAGUCCACACUGGAGAAAAACCUUACUCCUGCUCUGACUGUGGGGAGAGUUUCUCUCAACAGAGCAGCUUAAAAACACACCAACGUAUACACACAGGAGAGAAGCCUUACUCAUGCUCUGACUGUGGGAAGAGUUUCUCCGUAUCAAGCAACUUAAAAACACACCUAAAAAUACACACCGGGGAGAAGCCUUACUUCUGCUCUGACUGUGGGGCGAGUUUUUCUCAACAGAGCCACUUACAAACCCACCAACAUAUACAUACAGGAGAGAAGCAUUACUUCUGCUCUGACUGCGGAAAAUUCUUCACAACAUCAGCUGAGUUAAGAGUUCAUCAGAGAACACACACAGGAGAGAAGCCUUACUGCUGCUCUGACUGUGGGAAGAGUUUCUCUCAACAGGUCCACUUAAAAUGUCACCAGCGAAUACACACAGGAGAGAAGCCUUACUCCUGCUCUGACUGUGGGAAGAGUUUCACCCGAUUGGAUAUAUUAAAAUGUCACCAGCGAAUACAUACAGGAGAUAAGCCUUACUCCUGCUCUGACUGUGGGAAGAGUUUCUCCCAACAGGGCAACUUAAAAAUACACCAACGUAUACAUAAAGGAGAGAAGCCUUAUUCCUGUUCUGACUGUGGAAAAUGCUUCACAACAUCAACUGAGCUAAAAUCUCAUCAGAGAACACACACAGGAGAGAAGCCUUACUACUGCUCUGACUGUGGGAAGAGUUUCUCCCGAUUGGCUACCUUAAAAACACAUCAAUGUAUACAUAAAGUAGAAAAGCCUCAUCACUUCUCUCAGACCAGCUAAGAUUAAAGUCACUCUAUCAAUUAAUCCUCAUCUCAUAAAAUAAGUGGUAAGAGUGAAUUGGAUCAAGAAGAAGAAGAAAGCAUAGAACACUUGUAAUCCUAUUGUUUCUCAAUGUGAGAGAACUGUGCAGAGGAAAGGGAGCGUUAUAGAAUGAUGACAUUGGAAAUCAACUUCCUCCAUCUUUUUUUUACUUCAAAACAUAGAAAUGCGCCAUUUUCACAUGUGUUAAUGUUGGGGUGGUGCUGGGGAUGAUGAAUAUGAAGUUGAAACAUUUUAAAAUGUCCCUUUAAAGGAAAAAAACAAUAGGAUGGUGGUUGGUCGGGUGGAUGGAUGAGUCAGCAUAUAACAUGAAAGUCUAGCAACCCAACGGUUGCGUGUUCAAAUUUCAUCACGGGCAACUUUAGCAUUUUAGCUAAUAAGCAACUUUGCAACUACACUACAUGACCAAAAGUAUAUUGUUCAAAAGUUUGGGGUCAUUUAGAAAUGUCCUUGUUUUUGAAAGAAAAUCUUUUUUUUUUGUCCAUUUAAAAUAACAUCAAAUUGAUCAGAAUUACAGUGUAGACAUUGUUCAUGUUGUAAAUUACUAUUGUAGCUGGAAACAGCUGAUUUUUUAAAAUGGAAAAUCUACAUAGGUGUACAGAGGCCCAUCAUCAGCAGCCAUCACUCCUGUGUUCCAAUGGCACGUUGUGUUGUUAGCUAAUACAAGUUUAUCAUUUAAAAAGGCUAAUUGAACAAUAGAAAACCAUUUUGCAAUUAUGUUAGCACAGCUGAAAACAGUUGUGCUGAUUUAAAGAAGCAAUAAAACUAGACUAGUUGAGUAUCGGGAGCAUCAGCAUUUGUGGGUUUGAUUACAGGCUCAAAAUGUCUAGAAACAAAUAACUUUCUUCUGAAACUCGUCAGUCUAUUCUUGUUCUGAGAAAUGAAAGCUAUUCCAUGGGAGAAAUUGCCAAGAAACGGAAGAUCUAGUACAAUGUUGUGUACUACUCCCUUCACAGAUCAGAGCAAUCUGGCCCUAACCAGAAUGUUAAGAGGAGUGGGAGGCCCCGGUGCACAACUGAGCAAGAUGUACAUUAAUGUCUAGUUUGAGAAAGUCCUCAACUGGUAGCUUCAUUAAAUAGUACCUGAAAAAAAAAACAUUCUCAACGUCAAAAGUCAAGAGGCGACCCCGGGAUGCUGGCCUUCUAGGCAGUCUCAGACUGGCCAAUAAAAAGAAAAGAUUAAGAUGGGCAAAAGAACACAGACACUGGACAGAGGAACUCUGCCUAGAUGGCCAGCAUCCCGGAGUCGCCUCUUCACUGUUGAAUUUGAGACUGCACUGUAUUUCCGAUCAAUUUGAUGUUAUUUUAAUGGACAAAAAAACGUCUUUUCUUUAAAAACAAGGACAUUUCUUAUUGACCCCGAACUUUUGAAAGGUAGUGUAUGUGGGCACCUGCUCGUCAAACAUCUAAUUUCAAAAUCAUGGGCAUUAAUAUGGACUUGGUCUCCCUUGUGCUGCAAUAACGGCCUCCACUCUUCUGGGAAGGCUUUACACUAUAUGUUGGAACAUUGCUGUGGGGACUUUUUCCAUUUAGCCACAAGAGUAUUAGUGAGUUCGGGCACUGAUGUUGGGCGAUUAGGUCUGGCUCGCAGUCAACGUUUCAAUUCAUCCCAAAGGUGUUCGAUGGGGUUAAGGUCAGGGCUCUGUACAGGCCAGUCAAGUUCUUCCACACUGAUCUCGACAAACCAUUUGUGUAUGGACGUCUAUUUGUGCUCGGUGGCAUUGUCACGCUGAAACAGGAAAGGGCCUUCCCCAAAAUGUUGCCGCAAAGUUGGCAGCACAGAAUCAUCUAUAAUGUCAUUGUAUGCUGUAGCGUUAAGAUUUCCCUUCACUGGAACUAAGGGGACUAGUCCGGACCAUGAAAAACCAUUAGUUUUAGACCAUUAGUUGUCCUCCACCAAACUUUACAGUUGGCACUAUGCAGUGGGGCAGGUAGCGUUCUCCUGGCAUCCACCAAACUCAGAUUCAUCCGUCGGACUGCUAGAUGAGGAAGCAUGAUUCAUCACUCCAGAGAACAUGUUUCUACUGCAUCAGUCCAAUGACGGUGAGCUUUACACAACUCCAGCCAACGCUUGGCAUUGCGCAUGGUGAUCUUAGGCAUGUGUGCUGCUGCUCGGCCAUGGAAACCCAUUUUAUGAAGCUCCCAACGAGCAGUUCUUGUUGACGUUGCUUCCAGCAGCAGUUUGGAACUUGAUAGUGAGUGUUGCAACCGAGGACAGACCAUUUUUACAUGCUUCAGCACUCAGCGGUCCUGUGUUUCGAGCUUGUGUGGCUUAUCACUUCACGGCUGAGCCGUUGCUCCUAGACCUUUCCAUUUCGCAGUGACAGCACUUACAGUUGAACAGGGCAGAUCAAGCAGGGCAGAAAUUUUAUGAACUGACGGUGCCACAUUGAAAGUCACAAAGCUCUUCAUUAAGGCCAUUCUACUGCCAAUGCAUGGCUGUGUGCACGAUGUUAUACUCCUGUCAGCAACGGGUGUGGCUGAAAUAGAGAAAUCCACUAUUUUGAAGGGGUGUCCUCAUACUUUUGUAUAUAUAGUCUGCUUAACAUGUUAGCCUAGCAUGCAACUACUUACCAUGUUAAUGUUAGCAACAACUAAUUGGAAUACGUAAAAUAUCAUACGUAUAGCAAAUUCGUAACAUAUUGUACGAAAUGUAAUUAAGUAACAUACUAUACAUCCUACAAAUCGUAUUACAGUUAUAGGCCAAUGUAACAUAACAUACUGUAAAAUACUAAAUAGUGUGCUGUUUUUUUUUAACAUAUAGUACACUUUGCUCUGACACCAAGUUGUCUCUCUGCAGUUCUCUGUGGAAAUGAGCUAGUAGACACAUGUAUCAGCUAGAGAUGGUGUCAGUUCUUUUUUUACUACACAACAACUUUUGUUUAAUGAUACACAGGCUAUGAAACGACUACGUGUUUAUUAAAUUGUCUUUUAAAACUAGAUAGAUUCAUUAUUUUAGUCAUUGAUCAUUAAUGCAUUUGGAUGACUGUAAUGAACUUAAUUGAUCUGCUAAUGAAAAAAUAAACAUUCUACAUGAA